GUUGAUGUGUGCUGCACUUGCUGUACAUUGCUUGAUUCACUGGCUCGUAAGCACGUCAUGCCUUUUUGCUUUCGUAUGCUUCGUACACGUGUGGUUGCACUCAAGGAGCAGCUCCGGCUCGCCUCACCCUGGCCGCCCCGCCAUGGCAGAUGGCGAGCGCUCCCGCAGGUCCUGCGAGAGUGAGGCACGGCGGCGGAGCGCCACGACAGAGGGUCGGCUGCGUGUGAGCCAAUCGUUGAGUCCCUGGGAGAUGGAGAAGAGCCCAAAGACAUCGAAAACCAAGACACUACUGAGUCAGUUGGAGAGGCAACAUGUCCGCUUGCGUCAAGAGAUUGAGGGCUGGCGAACUUUCCUGCAAACAGAUAGCACGAGGUCACAGUCACAGGGCCCAGAACUUCUGGCCGUCGAACCCAUUAUGGAUGAGACUGACAGCUAUGGCCGGAGCAACAGGCAGCAGUACAAAGCACAUUUGCAGCUCAGGCAAGAAUUGGGAGUUCAUUCCUGGAGCACUGAGCCCUUUACUCUCGACGAGCUGUUGAGAAUUGUGGUGAGGACCCGUGCGGCGACGGCCAGAAAGUGGUGCCUAGCAGAUACUAAGUGGCGAAGCAUUUGGGAACCGGAGGCGGAUACCUUCUCCAGCAUUUGCUGGACCUUGGCAACCUUCACGUUGUGUUUUGCGAGGGGCUUGCUGUUUUGGUCAUGGCUUUGUGGAGGGAGCUGGCUAUUGGCAACGCUGUUGAGGCCCACCGUGCACCAGUUGCUCCAAACCAUGGCCUUGGUGAUGAAUAUGUCGAUCCCAGAGGCCUUUGCACCUUUGGAUUUGCUGAGCUUUGGCCUGGCUAUGGCCCUCAUGGGUUUUGGCACGUUGCUCACUGCAGGCUUGACAGAGGUGUCCUUCUUGCCUGCGAAGGCCAUUCUGAGCCUUGAGCGGAAGGCAGAGACAGAGAAGGUGCGAGAGCAACUGGCAAUCCUGUUGCGCAGUGAUUGCUGCAGCAAUCUGGACAUUUGCAACUUCUUGUCCCUAGGGAUGGCCACAUAUUUCAACUCUUCCGAGACGCAUAAGGAGGGCCGAUGCUUUGUCAGGCGCCAUGAGACAGCUGAGGAUUACUUCAUGAAGCGACGGCGGCGGCACUGCUCCAUUUGUUGUUUGCGGUGCGACUGUCGUUUGCAGCUGCGCUUAGAGGGCAGGAGCUCGCAGGAAAGAUGGUUGGUCCUGCGCAAAGAUGGUAUAGCACUCUUCAAUUCAAUGAUGGACUCAGAUCCUACUGACAUGCUGUUCUUUGAUACUAGCUUCGGACUGUUUCGCGACGAGGAGGACCAUGUUUUGGUAAAGGGAGCCAGUUGGGUUCUUGAACUCUCUUUUGGUGACCAGAGCCAACAUCGUCGGCAGAUGAGCGCACAGGGCUGGUGCAAUGCGAUCACCUUGACCGCACAGCUUUCUGCCCGCACGAGGCAGCAGCGCUUCGGUUCUUAUGCCCCGUUGCGCAUGCCCGGCGCACCCAAACAAGGGGACCGGCACUUGCUGCGACAAUGCUUUAGUCGCUACCUCAUCAACGGCCGUGCGAUUUUUCGCUCAGUGGCUGAAGCAAUCAUGAUGGCCAGACAUGAAAUUUUCAUAUUGAGCUUCUUCAUGAGCCCGCACAUUGAGCUAGUGAGGGAAGGAGCGCCAUUAGCAGGAGCAGAUGACUGCAAGGUUUCCACCUUGCUCAAGUCUGCGGCAGAGCGAGGCGUGCGUGUCUAUGUGCUUUUGUAUCAUGAGACCAUGAACUUGGUGCCCAACGACUCUGGCUAUGCAGAGGCAGAAUUAAAGCAUCCAAACAUUUUUGUGAUGCGACACCGGAGCCGCUUCGACAGCAACUUGCUUUGGACUCAUCAUGAGAAAGUGGUUGUUGUCGAUCAGCAGCUCGCGAUUGUGGGGGGCUUGGACUUGUGCAUUGGACGGUAUGAUGACUGGCAGCACCGCAUUGCGGACUCAGAUGCCACCCUUUGGCAAGGCCAGGACUACUACAAUCCGCGGAUCAAAGAUGUCACAGAAGGGCGGCUGCAAAACGAUUUGCUACAGAGAACGAGCCAACCACGUUUGCCCUGGCAGGACGUGGCGUGUGAGUUGUUGGGCCGUCCAGCGCGGGACGUUGCACGGCACUGUGUGGAGCGGUGGAACCACGCGAGGUUUGUGAACUCCAUCUACGAAGAGCUCCCGGUGGCUAUGCUGCGGAGGAAGAUGGCGGUGACCAACGAUAAGAUGGUGACCCUGCCAGCGCAAGCAAGCGAAAAGGUGUGGCCACCAGAGCAAGGCCCAUGGCAGGUAUGCCGCGCCCAAGUCAUACGCUCAGUGGGCCGUUGGAGCGCAGGCACUAAGACAGAGUCUUCCACACACCAAGCCUACUGUGACUUGAUCCAGGACUCCAAGUAUUUCAUUUACAUUGAGAAUCAAUUCUUUUGCUCCGGGAUGGAAGGGGACAUCAACAUCGGCAAUCGAGUCUUAGAGGCUCUUUACAGGCGUGUCAUGAAAGCACAUGAGCAUGGGGAGCGCUUUCAUGUCGUGAUUGUGUUGCCUUUGCUGCCGGCCUUGGAAGCGCCGCUGUGUCAAGCAAACGCCUCUUCACCUGUGUUUCGAGUGAUGCACGCUCAGUACUGCACCCUGCGGGGACUGCGGUCCCGGCUGCGUGCCGGGGGCAUUGAUGCUUGGUCUCCGCAUAUCUCUAUUUUUGGGCUGAGGACUCAUGGCUUCCUGCCAGGCUUGGGCCCCGCCACUGAGCAGAUCUAUAUUCAUUCCAAAGCCAUGGUGAUUGACGAUGAAGUAGCACUAGUGGGUUCUUCCAACAUCAACGAUCGAUCCCUGCUCGGCAUGAGAGACUCGGAGGUGAAUGUAGUCAUCCAAGACGAAGGCCUUGCCAGCCUGGGCCCAGCAUUCCGGGGAGGCUGCCCGGCCAACCUGCGAAAAGCGCUCUUUGCGCAGCAUUUAGGCCUCAACCAAGAGAAGUUGGAGGACGCCAAGCUGAUUGAGAUGUCUUCGAUAACCUCAAACGAGAUGCCUGGGUGGGCGAGAUGCGGCGCUUGGCAAGGCGUAAUACUCAGGUCUACGAUGAUCUGUUCGGAGCGUUGCCUUCGGACAACGUGCAGACCUGGCAACAGCUAGCGCAGCAGCAGAAGCAGGCACCAAAUAUCAAUGCAGACUUCACCCGAAUCCCUUCAGAAGAGGAUGCAAGAAAAGCACUUGUGGAAGUUCAAGGAUACUUGGUUGAAUUUCCUUUGGAUUUCCUGGCGCAGGAGGACCUGACACCAUCUGUGAUGGGAGGUCUUUUGGGCCCGGUCUUCACAUAGUUUACGUUACCUGCAUUAUUUGACAGCUGGCAUGAGGACUUGAAACCCUGAAAGGGAUGCCUUUUAUGCCACAAUGUCUGUCACUUUUUGAUUGGAACGAAUGCUCCUCGGGAGGCAUUCCGAGUCUCCAGUCUCAUGUUGUCGGACUGUACAGAUGUGCUUGUCCGUAACUUUUGCGCGUUAACUAACUACUGAAAAUUGCAAGAGAGAACCUGCAGGUGGUAUCAUGUG